AUCUCGUUAGCGGAGUCCUGCUCGUCUCCAGGUCGCGGCGUUUCCUGUGUCAGUGGUGUGUUUCAGAUGGGACGAGUGUUUUCCUGCUGCGUUACAUCUGAUUGGCGCAGUGGUUCUUGGAAAGACUUGAAGUGCAGUAGAACGGCAGUGGAGAGAGGGGAUGACAUGCCACAAAGAGCCUGGGCUCACAAUCAAACCGGACUCAGCCUUGUACACGUGGUACACACUCUACCAGGACAGUGGGGCGCGAGGGGAGACCUGAGACAAAAUGUCAGAGCGCUACGAGUGCAAGGAGUGCCGGCUGUCUCUGUUCGGGCAGAAGUACAUCCUGCGGGACGAGAGCCCAUACUGCAUCUGCUGUUACGAGAAACUCUACUCCAGCACCUGCGAAGUGUGCCACAAACGCAUCGGCUGCACCAGCAAGGAUCUGUCGUACAAGGACCGCCACUGGCACGACGAAUGCUUCCUGUGCUCCAGGUGCACCCGCUCCCUCGUGGAUCGGCCCUUCGCCACCCGGGACGACAUGCUCAUGUGCGUCGAGUGCUACUCCAACGAGUACUCCGCCAAGUGCCACGAGUGCCUGAAGACCAUCAUGCCUGGCUCUAGAAAGAUGGAGCACCGGGGCAAUAGUUGGCAUGAGAACUGCUUCAUCUGUCAGCGCUGCCAGCAGCCCAUCGGCACCAGGAGCUUCGUCCAGAGGGAGAGCAACCAGUACUGCCUGCCCUGCUACGAGAAGCAGUUCGCCCUGCAGUGCGUCCACUGCAAGAAGCCAAUCACCAGUGGAGGAGUGACCUAUCGUGACCAGCCCUGGCAUAAGGAGUGCUUUGUUUGCACCGGAUGCAAACAGCAGCUGUCCGGCCAGCGGUUCACCUCCCGGGACGACUUCGCCUACUGCCUCAACUGCUUCUGCAACCUGUUUGCUAAGAAGUGUGCUUACUGCACCACCCCUAUCAGCGGCCUGGGAGGCAGCAAGUAUAUCUCAUUCGAGGAGCGCCAGUGGCACAACGACUGCUUCAACUGCAAAAAAUGCUCCGUGUCUCUGGUGGGACGAGGAUUCCUGACGGCCCGGGACGACAUCCUGUGCCCUGACUGCGGCAGGGACAUCUGAGCGCCGGCGAGGCGGCGUGAGAGGUCAUCUGACUUGACCGCCAUCCAUAGAGUCGAUUCAGUCAAAUACACAAGCUGGCCAAGGCGAAUCCCCCAGCUAACAUUACUUUUGAUGAUUUAUUAUUAUUGUGCAUUGGUUUGUUUCAGACUAACCUGUUGUUGCUGCUUAAAGACCCCAUGAAAUGGACUCUUACUUUCUUGAUUUGAUGUAUUUCCAGUUAAAACAGGAAGUUUGGGCGGGAUGCGGUGCAGGGAAGGAUCAUUCAAAAGUGCAAACCAGCACAAUAUCACUUUGGGAGAGAAAUGCACUUUUAUUUUGAAGGGAUGAAGUGGAUGAGAGAGGAUGAUUAAAGAUUUCUGAAGGUUUUUAUUGGCUGAGAUUUUGAUUUAUAGCCACUGGUGCAGGAUGACGUCACUGUUUAAGAUAUUUGACAGGAAGUCGAGGUCAUGUGAGGUCGUUUCAUGGGGACUUUAAGAGAUAUCUGCAUGCGCUGAUGAGACUGUGAUUUAUGUGGCUAUAGUUGUAAGGGUUCAUUCCAAAAUGUCGAAUAUUCAUUUUGGGGGUGGAAAAUGUCACUGGAUGUUCUUCGCUUUCUUUUUUUUAAUCUAAACGCAUUUCAUUACAUGCUCAGAAAUGCCCCCCCCCAUUUUGAAAAUAAAGGGUUUACUUACAUGCCAGCAAUCAUUUUACCACAGAAAGAGUCACAUUUUUCAAAUGUUGGAUAUCUCAUUUUGGAAUGAAACUCUUCAUAACAUUAACCAAUUCUGAGAGGUAUUUCUAGAGCAUAUCAGAUUAUUUAAAUGUAUGGUAGUGGCUCUUAUUCUUGACAGAGAUAAUAUAAUGCAACUAACAUGUUUUAUUCCUAUUACAUAAUACAUGUUUAAUCUAAUGAAAUCCAAAUCUGUAA